AUGGCGAUUUCGCUGCUUGAUUCUAGAGAAACUAUGGAGAUGGUUACUACACAGAAAAUCGAGGAAGCAGUGAAGGGAAUACUCAGAGAAGCCGAUAUGGAUCAAAUGACGGAGUUCAAGCUCCGAACCGCAGCUUCUGCUAAACUCGGUUUCGACUUAUCGGAGACGAAUCACAAAAAGCUAGUCAGUGAUGUUCUCGAGGCCUUUCUGCUAUCGAAUCCCGGUGACGAAGCUGCCAAUGGUGAAGCAUCCGUACCAAAUACAGUGGCUCCGGCGGAGAAAGAGAAAGAGACAGGCUCUGUUGCUGCUGCCGCUUCCGCUAUUGGUGAAGAUGAACGCUUUAUUUGUAAGUUAUCGGAGAAGCGACAUGCGACGGUUGAGAAAUACAGAGGCCAAGCUUUUCUAACGAUUGGGGAGAGUCCUCAGGAAAACGGAAAGCCUUUUAGAGGAGUACAUUUGUCAGCUAACCAAUGGUCUGUGAUCAAGAAGAAUUUCUCAGCCAUAGAGGAAGGUAUUAAGCAGUGCCAAUCAAAAUUAAGAUCUGAAUCAAAACAGAAUGGAGAUACUUCUAAAGCUGUGGAUAACAAUACCACUUCCAGUUUUUCUAUGAUUGAGACUUCACGUUUUGAUGGGAAGAGUUAUCUUUGCUGGUCAUCACAGAUGGAACUCUUUUUAAAGCAGUUGAAUCUGAUCUACGUUCUCUCUGAACCUGUUCCUGUUACCAAUACCUCUCAAGGCCAUGAUGCCGCGGGGAAGAAAUGGUUGAGAGAUGAUUAUUUGUGCCACAAUCACUUGUUGAGCUCCUUGUCAGAUCAUCUAUACCGUCAGUACUCGAAGAAGUUCAAACAUGCCAAAGAACUGUGGGAAGACUUAAAGUGGGUUUACCAGUUUGAGGAAUCCAAUUCAAAGAGGUCACAGGUGAGGAAGUACAUUGAGUUCAAAAUGGUGGAAGAGAGACCGGUUCUCGAGCAAGUCCAAGACGUAAACAAGAUUGCUGAUUCCAUAGUGAGUGCUGGUAUGUUUCUUGACGAGACGUUUCAUGUGAGCACCAUCAUUUCCAAGUUCCCACCGUCGUGGAGCGGGUUCAGCACCAGGUUGAUGGAAGAGGAGUUUUUACCGGUGUGGAUGUUGAUGGAACGAGUGAAAGCUGAGGAGCUUGUGAGGAAUGAAGCACAAAGGGUUACGUAUAGACCAGCCACGGGAUCUUCUCAGAUGGAAAGGUUGCAGAGUGGAGGAGGAAGAGGAUCUCAGAGCAUAGGUUGGAAGAGGAAAGAGCCUGAGAGAGACGGGAGAGGAGUCAUCGUCUGUGAUAACUGUGGGAGGAGAGGACAUUUUGCAAGGAAUUGUUGGGGUAAGACAUCUGAUGAGAGAGCUUCUUGGAAACCGAAUCGGGUUACUUCUUCAGCCACUGCACCUGUGGUUUCAGAGACUCGACCAACAACAGCCAACAAUGAUAAGGAGUAG